AUGGCAUCCAUGGCACCUGAGGAGCAGGUCAAGUUCUUGGUGACUUGCAUCAAGCACGGCGGCGGCGGUGGAAAAAUUGAUUUUGCUGCUGUCGCAACUGAGCUCGAGAUUGUCAGCAAGGCCGCUGCUGCCAAACGAUAUGAGCGUCUUCUUAAAUCAUACAACAUCCACCCGGGUUCCCUCACUGUGGCCAACACGCCCGAGAACACCCCCAAGAAGAAGGCCACCCCACGCAAGCGCAAAGCAGCCGACCGCGAUGCCGAUAACGAUGAUGGCGGUGACGAUGCAGCGAUCAAGCCAGCCAGCAAGAAGGGUCACGUCGCUAAGCGAGAGGCAUCUGUAAAGGACGAGGAGAUGCGCGAGGCGGCUGAUAAUGAGGAUGAGGUCUAA